GCUAGAGAAUUACAUUUCCCGACUGACGGAUUUCUUCUUUCAGACCUUAGUCAGGAUUUGUCUUCCAGCUUCCUUCCGCCUUCAGUAUCGCGUAGUGCAGUCGGGUUUCCCUCGGCAUAAGACGCGCACGCUAGUCUUUUCUCCCCGGUGUAUUUCAGCCGUAGAUCGACUCAAGUUUUCUCAGCAUCGGACGUUCUUUUCCCGUCUGAAUCCCACCAGAUUCCACCGGAUUCCAUAUUUUUACCGGAUUCCGCCAGAUUCUUUUUCCACCUGAUUCUUUUUUUUCCGGAAUCCGUCUGAACAUCGUCUCUAGCAUAUGUCGACUCUAGCAUCAGUCGGGCUAGAGCCCAGCGAUAAGAAAACGCCGGUGAACAAAUGGGAGCUGUACGGCUGGUACUCGUACAAUGUCGCCGUUAACGCGUUCAGCUCGGUCGCGAUGCCAAUCUUCUUCCCACUCCUGCUGCUCCUGCUCGCCGAUGCACACGCGUGGCUGCAGGUCGGAGAUUCGAAGCCGCCCAACUGCAGCGACUCCGUGUUGGAGAACUGCAUCAAGUGCAUCCCGGGACGCGGCGACCAGAUGGUCACGGCUGCGGGGUACCAGGACCUGAUUCAGCCCAUGGUGCAUGCGGGGGACCUGGCGAUCAACCCAGUGUCGUACGCCACCAUCAUCAUCGGCAUCGCUGUCAUCUGCCAAGUGCUCGCGCUCAUCUCCUUCGGCCCCUUCACGGACUACGGCACUGGCCGCAUGGAUCUGCUCAAGGUGGGCACCAUGGUGGGCGUGAUCCCAUCCAUCCUCAUCGGCUUCCUGGGCGAGAGCUCCUACUGGUGGUUCGCUGGCUUGCUCGUCAUCAUCGCCAACGUGGGCUACGGCCUCUGCACCGUCAGCUAUAACAGCUACCUGCCCGUGCUGGUGGACGCCACGCCAGCGGUGAUGCAUGCUGAGGUGUCGGGAGACAAGGAGAAGAUCGCAAGCACCAGGGAACAGGUGGAGAACCGUAUCUCCCUCAUCGGCCUCGCAGCGGGCUGCCUGGCAGAUGUCGUCGCCACACUAGCAGCAUUCGUCAUCACCCUUGCUGCCACAACCGAUCUGCUCAAGAUGCGCCUGGCGGGGGCCUUCUGCGGGCUCUGGUGGCUAGUCUUCUCCGUCUUCACCUUCCUCUGGCUGCGCACCCGCCCCGGCCCACCGCCUCCCGCGUCCGCCACUGCCGGCGGGAACGGCGGCCUGACGAUCGCUGCCAGCUGGCGGCACAUGGGCGCGCUGAUCUCCGAGGCGCGGAGGUACCGCAACGCGUUUGUGUUCAUGCUGUGCUACUUCAUCUACGCGGACGGCUUCUCCACCGUCAUCCAGGUCGGGGUGCUGUUCGGGCAGCACGACCUGUGCGUGGAGCCCGCCAUGCUGGCCGUCAUCGCCACCUCCGUCUCCUUCUGGGCCGCGCUCGGGAUGCCACUGGCUUACUACAUGCAGAAGCGGCUGGGGUGGAACAACAAGACCAUGGUGGUCGGGCUGCUGUCUGCCAUGCUGCCGCUGCCGCUCUGGGGCUUGUUAGGGUAUUUUACCCCGGACGGCGGGCUCGGGCUGAAGGCUGCGUGGGAGCUGUUUGCGUACUCGGGGUGGUUUGGGUUCUGCCUGGGCCCGCUCAUCUCGUACUCGCGCACGCUCUUUGUGGAUCUGAUCCCCAAGGGCCGCGAGGGUGCCUUCUUCUCGCUCUAUGCGAUCAGUGACAAGGGCAGCUCGUGGCUCGGGCCGUUCGUUGUGGCAGCCAUUGCUCAGUUCACGGGGAAGAUCCGGCCCGCCUUCCUCUACAUCUUCAUUGUGAUGCUGGUGCCGAUCUUCUUCCUCAACACGUACCUGGAUUACGCCCAAGGGCUCAAGGAGUCGGGUCGCCAUGAUGGGCACCACCCCUCGUCGGAUGACAAGGUUGAGCUCGGGGAAGAGGAGCGGGUUCCUCUUACCCAAUAUUAGUCACAUGCCAAGAGUUGUAAGUACCAUAUGUGGACUAGAUCUCGUCAGAACAUACAGUAGUACAUUAAUGGAAAAGAAUAGGUUUAUGUGGGUGUGGGCGUGGGCAUGGUAUUACAUUCUCAUCCCACCAUGCCGAAUUGAAGCCACGAAUGGCACAAAAGAGUGCCAAAUGUUUUGUAACUGUAACAUCUUAUACUCCUAGAUUGGUUAUUGAGUAC